CCGUCCCGCUCUCCCGAGACAAGUGCAGCAUCCUUGUUCGGCCAACGUGGAUGUCCUGUAGUUGAUACAAUCGUAAUCGAAGCUUAUUUAUUCAAGGGCAGUUAAAAGUGUGUGCGGCCGCGGAGCUACUAUAACUAUGUGUUUUAUGGCCGAAUGACUCAUUAGCGGGCUGUAAAAUUUCAAUCGAGUGCCGUGUGUGAAUUUACCUGCAGAUGCGAUGGAAUUUUCACUGCUCAACAAGGCGAACUUCGACAAGGAUUGUUUGUACACCGCGAACUCGGAGUUCUACAACAACGGCGCCAAUGGAGGAGGACUCUCCGUGGCCAAUCACAUGAAUCACUACAACCUCAUGAUUGACUCCAGCUACAAGCUCUGCGCCAACGAGUCCGCAAUCCGGGGUUCCCUCAACCAGGAGUCGAGCCUGCUGUUCUCCAAAAUCACCACUGUCUCCGAGUUUUACCCGGCCACCCACAACAUUGGCUCCUACAACACGGACUUCCAUUUGAAGUCCUAUGGAGACGACGGCUUGAGCCUGACCGACAAAUCAAAACAGAGGCGCAUUCGCACCACUUUCACGUCCAACCAGCUGAACGAGCUGGAGAAGAUCUUCCUGGAAACCCACUACCCAGACAUCUACACCAGGGAGGAGAUCGCAUCCAAGCUGCACUUGACGGAAGCCCGAGUUCAGGUCUGGUUCCAGAACAGAAGAGCCAAGUUUCGCAAGCAGGAGAGGCAUGCCAUUUACAUAAUGAAGGACAAGUCGAGCAAAUUGGAUGGCCGGAAGAAUCCUGCGGCAGGAUCGAAAUACCUGGGCCCAUCUCUCAAGGGACCCCAGAAUGGCCAUGGCCGUCAAAUGAAAUUCUUAUACGAUCAAAUAUAGAAUCCACUAAUAUCUAUGUAAAUAUUAGUAUACAUUUUGAUGAAUGCAGUUAUUUUGAUAUUAUUUAUACUGACUAUUUGGAGCGAAUUGCGUUAAAUAAAUAAGAUCUGUGUAACA